AUGCACCCUUUAUCGGAAGUAUGGAGCCCUCCUAAAUGCACACACGGCUUUAGCGGCUUACAAAUCACAUGGGUGUGAUACCUUGCUCUUCACUUGACUUCUACGCCUGCUCAGCCUAAAGAUCUCCCUUUUCCAGUAGCAAAACUCUAUACUGUAAAAUCCAGUGCUGGAUAUAGAGUUACUGUAAAAACUGAACCCCAUAAUAUAACGAUGACCCCCCUCAAUCUUCAUGUCUAUUGCAAUAAAAAUUUUUUGAAAAAAUUAUCAUACCCCACUGCAACACAACAUUUUUAUAAAAAAAAUAAUGCAUUUUCUCUAGAUGAGUUUCUCAAAAAAAAACAUAAAACAACGCUGCUGUUGGCGUGUCUAUGACCUUCUCAUCGAGAUUUGGACGACUAUUGUCAUCGCUCGCCAUUUUAUUAA